ACUCCGGCUAUAUCGCUCAGUUUUUAUAACUCCCGUUUUUUUUUUUUCUCCCCUCCAGUUCAGCUUCUCUCUGUUCCAAUCCAGACUAUAUAUCUCGGUCGUCUCUUUUUUUUGGCAUCUUUAGCCGGAUUCCAGCGGCAUGUUUGACAUAAAGCGUCUUCCCGGCAGGUUCCGUCGACGAGAAGACUGACAUCUCGAUCUAACAUCCUGUUUCUCCGAUAUGACUUUGAUGUCUGGGGAUUUGGAGCACAAUAGGCUAAAGUAUUGAUUGUCUCUCUUGGAGUAUUUAUUUGGUUUUGUGGGAUUAAGUUAAAGAUAAUCAACAUGACAAAAAAAGUUUGUCUGGGUCACUUGUCAAUGGGGGAAGAGAAGGCAGAGCAAGAAGACGUGGCAAAGUGUAGGAUAGUUUGUACCUGGGAGGGAGUGCAUGAUGGUCGUCAUCAAUUGAGAUCAAGUGAUUUAUAUCUCCCUGGUCUUAAUGAUGACGUCGCAUUGAACUGCCUUGCUUGGGUUUCUAGAUCAGAUUACCCUUUGUUAUCAUGCAUAAACAAGAGAUAUCGUACAUUAUUAACGAGUGGGUCUUUGUAUGAGUUGAGGAAGCAGUUGGGGAUUGUGGAGCAUUGGGUAUACUUGGUUUGUGAUCCUAGAGGGUGGGAGGCAUUUGAUCCUAUCAAAAAACGAUGGAUGAAUUUGCCUAAAAUACCUUGUGAUGAAUGUUUCAAUCAUGCAGAUAAGGAGUCAUUGGCUGUGGGCAGUGAAUUGUUGGUUUUCGGCCGUGAAAUGUUUGAGCUUGCAAUUUGGAAGUAUAGUUUGAUUCGUUGUAGUUGGGACAAGUGCAAGGGGAUGAACCGUCCUCGAUGUUUGUUUGGGUCUGGUAGCUGUGGAUCCAUUGCUAUUUUGGCAGGAGGGACUGAUAAGAAUGGGAAUGUCUUGAAAUCGGCAGAGUUGUAUGACUCCUUGUCGGGUAAAUGGGAAAUGUUGCCGAACAUGCACACAGAGCGUAAACUGUGUUCUGGGUUUUUUAUGGAUGGAAAAUUCUAUGUUAUUGGUGGGAUGUCAGGUCCUACAGCUUCAUUGACUUGUGGGGAGGAGUAUGAUCUUGAAACGGGGAAAUGGAGGAAGAUAGAGGGUAUGAGUCCAAAUGUUAGAACAGCAGCUCAUGCGCCUCCUCUUGUUGCGGUUGUAGACAAUCAGCUAUACACAUUUGAGUCUUUGACUAACAUGGUGAAAAAGUAUGACAAAGUGAAGAACACAUGGGAUGAGUUGGGAAGGCUUCCAGUUAGGGCUGAUUCUUCAGAUGGUUGGGGCUUGGCCUUCAAGGCCUGUGGUGAGGAACUUUUGGUCGUAGGUGGGCAAAGAGUCACAGAAGGUGUGGCCAUUGUGCUGAAUUCAUGGUCGCCAAAGUCAGGUGUUAAUAAUGGAAACUUGGAUUGGAAGGUCCUUGGUGUCAAAGAGAAUGUUGGGGUGUUUGUGUACAAUUGUGCAGUUAUGGGUUGUUGAGGACUAUUUGACUGACUCAACCUGGUAUCUGGAAUUCAACCUGGCAUUCUAGGUUCUUCACAUUAAUUUGAUUGACUGGAGUUAAUUAUCAGUGAGAUAGCCUCUAUUAAGCUGAGAAUUCAACUUUUUCUCUCUAAAGACAGAUUCAAAAGCAUGUUUCACAUUAUGAAUCUGCAUCUGAUUGCUUUUCAUAGUAUUAAGCAGGUUUCCUCUGGUAAUGUUCUGAUUUCCAUCUUAUUCUUCUAGUUGUAUUUUCAUUCACCUUCCAGAUAACUAAAAUCAAUAAACAGCAAAGCUUUAUUGUUUAAUGAUUUUUUUUUUCAUUUUUUUUGUGCUUAUCCGGAGAUCUUUCACUUUUUCUUAUGCAGUUUGGCUGCCAAUAUUUGUUUCAGGAAAGCAUAACGUUUUCAUUACAUAGAUAAAUAACUGAUGUUCUUUGAAAUAGGAGCCAUGUAAAUUCCUGUAAACCCAAGCGCAACGCAUGGUAUGAAUGGUGGGUGUGAUGAGGAUAGCGGAUCAUAUCACUUUUUUGGGUAUUAAAAGUUGAAUCAGAAUCACAUCUCAGGAGGGCAAAAUUUUGUAGUCUACUAAUUGCCGAUCCUGCUACUUCUGCUUUUUUCUUCUUGUUUUUUUUGGUUUCUGGUUGGUAUCGGGAUGGCUGUAAUACAUCCGUCAUUUUUGCCUUGGUGUUGCUUAUGUAGCUCUGGAAAGAGGAAAGCUGAACAAAUUGCACUUCAUAUAAUUAACCUGACUAAUCUAAAUUUAUAUUUAGUUGAUGCAACGUUUGUCAAUCGUUGUGCUCUCCUUUUAAAUGAUGCUGUUAUGGUUUAACAACUUGGAAGUCAAGCCUAUUAUGUUUAUCUCAUAAUGGUGUUUUGAUAA